AUCCCGACAAACGACUCUGCACACGCUCGGUCCGUGCUCCUCGCCAGCACGCCGCACCGUGCCGCCUCCGAAGGCGACCUGAUAACGACCCUUCACGUGCUCUCGCACUUCCAGUCCAAGUUCGGGAUUCCCGUACCCUCCGAUCCGCCCAUCUAUGACGCCGGUUCCCCCGCUUCGCAGAGCGCGACGCUGAGCGUGAGCAGGUUUGGGCAGAAGCCUUCGGCAUGGAUCGAUAAGUACUAUCCGGUGAUGAACGAGCCUGUCAAAGGCGGGCAGAGUGUCGAAGUAUGGGAGGGGGACGCGCUCCUCUGGUCCGCACCGUUGGAGGAGAUCCCCCUUCCCGGCGACGCGGGAGGAGAAUACGCAGAGUCCGUCGGGCCCUGGCAUGGGCUAAGCAAGAACGGGAGCGCCUCCGGCCCACUUGUGUACGCGGGGUACGGCACGCCGAGAGAACUUGCUAGCGCGCUCUCUGCCCUCCAGGCCAAGGGAGUCGACACGGAGGACUGUAUCGCCCUCGUCCAGUAUGGAAAGCUCUUCCGGGGACUGAAGGUCAAGGCUGCUGAGGAAGCGGGCUGCUCUGCUUGCCUGAUCUACUCUGACCCGGUGGACGAUAACGGUGUCCUCUCCCCUCCGUAUGAGGAGUACCCUGCUGGUCCUGCACGCGCGCCGACAGCGAUCCAGAGAGGAAGCGUACAGUACCUCAGCGUGUACCCUGGUGAUCCUACUACUCCUGGCCAGCCGGCGUAUCCGAACAGUACGAGGCUGGACGGGGGGAACAUCCCCGGUAUCCCGAGCUUGCCGCUGUCGAUGGCUAACGCGGAAAAGCUCAAGCUGCUCGCGAAGAAGGGCGCGGUCGUGAAGGUCGUGAAUAAGGGUGGGUCGCGCUCGUUCCCGGAAGGGAUGAUGCUGAUCCAGAAGCAUCUAGUCAACGACCAUGUUAUGCCUAUCUGGAACGCGAUGGCCGCUAUCCCGGGACACAUCGCCGACGAAGUCGUCGUCAUCGGCAACCACAGAGACGCAUGGGUGAUGGGCGCCGCCGACCCUACUUCGGGGGGCGCGACGGUGCACGAGAUCGUUGAGGGGUUCUCGGUGUUGUUGAAGAAAGGGUGGAAGCCGCUCAGGACCAUCCUGUUCGCUAGCUGGGAUGCUGAGGAGUACGGACUCAUCGGCUCCACCGAAUGGGGCGAAGACUUCGCCUCCUGGAUAGAGGAACACGUCGUGGCCUACCUAAACGUCGACGUUGCCGCCUCCGGCUCGCGCUUCCACAUCGGUGCCUCACCCUCUCUCGCCCAUCUCGCACGGUCGAGCGCCGAGCGCGUACCUCAUCCUACAGACCCCGGGCGCAGCCUGUGGGACGCGACGAAGGAUUCUGGGAUAUACACUGCCCGCCCGGGGUUCGUCCUCUCCCCCGAAGAAGCGGGGAUGUUCAGGGACGAACGGCUUUCCUGGGUGGACGAGGAGCAUUCCCUCCGCACCUCCAUGCCCAGCAGUGCAGAGUACACCGCCGUGUCUGCGCUGGGGAGCGGGUCAGACUACACCGUCUUCCUCCAGCAUAUUGGGGUCGCGAGCACGGACGGAGGGUUUGGAGCCACAGUUUCCGACCCGGUGUAUCAUUAUCAUUCGGUGUACGAUUCUGUAGGGUGGAUGGAGAGGUUCGGUGACCCGGGAUAUCAUCGGCAUGCGGCUGUGGCAAAGUAUCUCGGCUUGACGGCACUGAGGAUGUCGGACACGAUCAUUCUGCCGAUCAAUACGACGCAGUACGCGGCUGAGAUCUCUUGGUAUCUUCAAAAGGUAGAGGCUAUCGCUGUAGCCCAGUCGUUCGAGUUCGACUUCUCCGCUCUGCGCGAAUCGAUCUCCUCUCUCCAAACGGCCUCCGUCGCGCUGGACAACGAGAAAGUGACCGCCGAGUCCGAGCUACUCAAGGAGCUUAAAAAGCUGAAACACCGGCCUCACGCCUGCCUCGCCAAACUGGGCAACUUCCUCAAACGCCUCCUGGGAAUGCACCCCGAGCCGGCUCAAGUGCGAGUGCCAAAAGCGCUGCUGAAGGCUGUGAAGAGGGUCAGGAGGGUUAACAAGCAGCUGAGCAGCUUUGAGCGGGCAUUCAUAAGCCCGGAGGGGCUGAGGCACAGGGAGUGGUAUAAGAAUGUGCUCGUUGCUCCGGGCUUAUGGCUUGGGUAUGGCGCGACGACCUUCCCGGGGCUUACGGAAGCGUUCACGAUUGAGCAUGACUCGGAGCUGGCAAAGUCCGAAGCGGCGAGACUUGUCCUGUUGAUUAAUGGUGCUGUUGAGCGGCUGGAGGUCAAGGCUGCUGGAUGCCAUUCUGCUUGA